UUUGUAUACGUACUUGAGCAAUUGUGAACUUUCUAAUUAAAUCUAUCAUCUGUACACACAAUAUCUGCAUCAGUUCUUUCCUGCAAAUAGGCCUGGAACGGAAAGCACUGUAAAGGAAGAUUUACAAGAGCAAAAAAGGCAGAGUGAGUAGAAGCCAGGAAAGAAGAUUGGCAGCCAGCAUUUUUAAAUUUCUCUGUGUUACUUUGGAGGAUGUGCCUAAUUAAGUGACCAGAAACAAGUACAACAGCGAGGUGAAUACAUGACCAAGGAGAAGUGACAUAAAAACAGUUCCAAAAUGACUGAAAAGAAGUCAUCCAAGCUGAUCGGCUAUUGGAUGUCUGAGAAGAAGAGCCAAAAACUUAAUUGGACUGAAUUUGGUAACAUAUGCAGGAAAUAUGGAUUUGAUUUAGUUAAGCUGGACUUGAGCCGACCACUAGAAGAACAGGGACCAUUCACAAUUAUUGUGCACAAGCUGACGGACAUAAUAGUUUUGGCAAUUAAGGGGGACGCGAAGGCCUGUGCAAUGAUGUGCAAUGUCGAGUCGUACAUUAAAGAUCAUCCCGAAGUAUCGAUUAUCGAUCCACUGGAUAAUGUUCACAAGCUUUUGGAUCGCUACCAGGCAUAUAGCAUUAUACACAACAGUGACCUUGAGGAAGCAGGUGUCUUCACGCCUUCGUUUGUCGAACUGACGUCAAGUGAUUACAAAGAAAACUGUGAAACGUUAAGGUUGGCCGGUGUGGACUUUCCUUUUGUCUGUAAACCAUCAGUCUCUCAUGGUUCCAGCAGCGCGCAUGAGAUGGCAGUAAUAUUCAAUGAGAAUGGUGUAAAGGAUUGCCAUCUGCCAUGUGUCGCGCAAAGUUUCAUCAAUCACAACGCUCUCUUGUACAAAAUAUAUAUGGUAGGAGAUGAAUACUUUGUCGUGGAGCGGCCGUCGCUGAAAAACUUUUACCCGAGCGAUCGUGAGGCAAUCUUUUUUCACAGCCACGAUGUUUCGAAAGCAGAUUCCACUUCCAGCCUGAGCAUUCUGGAUCCGAGCGACAUGACGUUGUCGACUCCUCGUCCUGACCCUGCAAAAGUACAGCGAAUUGUCUACACUUUGAGAAAAGUGCUUGGGAUGUCGCUGUUGGGAAUUGAUAUAAUUAUUGAAAAUGGCAGUGGACGAUACGGAAUCAUUGAUAUCAAUGAGUAUCCAGGUUACGACGGCUAUCCAGAUUUCUUUGACAGCCUCAUGAAGUGCAUAUUGGAGACGAUCAACCACCAUUCGUACACGGCACGCAAAACAGACCUGUCAAGUACCGAGUUUUGCCUUCCUCUUAUGAAGCCCACCAUCAAGAGUAAGAUUAGUGACAUAAUGUCACCAGGAAAUGGUGAUCAGGAUGAUUCGGGUUUUGACACUGGUGAUUCGAGUGACGAGAAAAAGAAACGGGACUUGUCGGUGGGUUCUCUUACCGCGAGUAAGAGAUCGAGUACCGCCGCGUCGGAGUGCCGCAAUUCGCACGAGACGUCAAAGGUUUUCUGUAAACCAUCAGUCUCUCAUGGUUCCAGCAGCGCGCAUGAGAUGGCAGUAAUAUUCAAUGAGAAUGGUGUAAAGGAUUGCCAUCUGCCAUGUGUCGCGCAAAGUUUCAUCAAUCACAACGCUCUCUUGUACAAAAUAUAUAUGGUAGGAGAUGAAUACUUUGUCGUGGAGCGGCCGUCGCUGAAAAACUUUUACCCGAGCGAUCGUGAGGCAAUCUUUUUUCACAGCCACGAUGUUUCGAAAGCAGAUUCCACUUCCAGCCUGAGCAUUCUGGAUCCGAGCGACAUGACGUUGUCGACUCCUCGUCCUGACCCUGCAAAAGUACAGCGAAUUGUCUACACUUUGAGAAAAGUGCUUGGGAUGUCGCUGUUGGGAAUUGAUAUAAUUAUUGAAAAUGGCAGUGGACGAUACGGAAUCAUUGAUAUCAAUGAGUAUCCAGGUUACGACGGCUAUCCAGAUUUCUUUGACAGCCUCAUGAAGUGCAUAUUGGAGACGAUCAACCACCAUUCGUACACGGCACGCAAAACAGACCUGUCAAGUACCGAGUUUUGCCUUCCUCUUAUGAAGCCCACCAUCAAGAGUAAGAUUAGUGACAUAAUGUCACCAGGAAAUGGUGAUCAGGAUGAUUCGGGUUUUGACACUGGUGAUUCGAGUGACGAGAAAAAGAAACGGGACUUGUCGGUGGGUUCUCUUACCGCGAGUAAGAGAUCGAGUACCGCCGCGUCGGAGUGCCGCAAUUCGCACGAGACGUCAAAGUUCACCUAGCUGAAAUGUUUCUUUGAAUAUCACGCAACCAUUUUGAGACGCUGUAUAAAGCUGGAGAGUCGAAAUUGAUAUGGUCACUGAUUAUGGCACCGAAGAUAUGCAGAACGCAUCCGCAGAUAUUUUAUCUGCGCUAAAAACUUCAUUCGUUAGAGCAGAAGAGGGAGCGGAGAAAGAGGUGAAUGGUAAUUUUUGACUCUAAACGUUGGCAGUGUCAUGUAAAAAAGCAUUAUCAGAUGUUAAUGCCAUGAAGGGUCCAAGAUUUUAGAAUUUUUGUCUGUGCUAAUGAUUUUCUGUUUACUACAAACUUUUCAGAAAAUUCUACCUAAUUUUGAAAGUAGCAUUUACUUUGUAAAAUUUUUAAAUACAAAUUAUGUGAGAUAUGGAGAUGCA